UGUGAUCUUAAUGAUUAGGAUGUAUAUAAAAUUUUUACUGUUGGAUUCCACAUAAAGUCCCCAUUACCCUUGAAGAUUUACUCUCAGAUUUCAUACAGUUAUUCCCCUAAUUUUUUUCUUUUGCGUUUAGGUAUUUACAGUAAUGGCCGGAUAUACUUUUAACACAGAUUACACUUUUCCUACACUGAUUAUUGCUAUUUGUCAUAAAUUCUCCAUUUCAACGAUUUUAAUCUAACAUUUAAUUGUCAUUUUCACAUUUUUCAUCUUGGAUUUUUGUUAAUUAUAUUUUAACUCUAAUUUCACUUAGAGGUUCAUAAAAAUUGAAUGCCAUUAAUUUUCUACAUUUUAACACAAUUGUUUGUUUAAAUUAAAGAGAUUUACUCACGCCCUGACUUGACACUCGUCACUCUUUAAUUUAUAUCCCUCACUGUUUGACAUUCUCAACUCAUUUUAUGUCAUCUUAUACUUCACCUAAUUGUUAUUCUAAUUUGUAAUUCACAGUUUUGACACUUUGUUUUGAUCAAUAGAACUCACGACUUGUUACACACUUUGAAGCUACUCACGACGCUUGCUUUAAAUUAUUGAUUUAUCUUAUUCACACUUUCUUGAACAUCUUACACCUUAGUUUUGGACACUUUACUUUUGAACAUUAACAUUUUUCACUUUAUUGACAGUUUUCACAUUGACAGUUUUGAACAUUGACAAUCGCUUUACAACUUUAAUAAGGACUUGAAAUUCACAGUGCUUUAUUUGCUGAAGAUAAUUAGAGAAUUAAUUCAACUCAAUUCAGAAGUUUUAAGUUUAGAAAAUUGGUGAUUUUGAUUAUUUAAUUUAACUAAUUUCGCGUGUAUAAUAAUUUCCCGUGUAUAAUAACUUCGCCUGUAUAAUAAAAUCGCAUUAUGAUAAGUGAUAAUGUUAUCUUGUGACGAUAUAAAUUCAGAAAUUUCAUACUCUGGAUUUCACAGGAAUAAAAGAGAUUACUCAAGUAAUAUCGAUAUGGACUUGAGCUCCCUGAGCAUCUCACACUCCCAAAACGAUCACUCACUCUCCGAAACCAUCAACGAUAACCAAUUCCGGGAUAACCAGUUCCGUGAUAACCAGUUCCGUGAUAACCAAUACCGUGAUAACCAAUACCGUGAUAACCAGUACCGUGAUAACCAAUUCCGUGAAUAUAAUGGAAGUGAUUCGAAUUGGUAUUCGGAUUUGGUUGAUUCGAGGAGUGAUUGUGACAGGUUAAGUUCAUAUAUGUAUGACUCGGUUGGUUCUGAGGUUUCACAAAGUAUUAAUAAUGAAUUGGGCUUAUCUAAUUUAACCUUGCCUUUGUUUGACUAUUAUCCCAACUAUAACGUGGAGUCUGAUAAGCUUGAUCCAGGCAACCCACUCAAGAAUAUUAACUCGUUUGACACGCACAGGUCAGAUUCUAUUAAUGCACAAAUUUCUCUAAACAGUACAGUUUCAAGUUCAUUUAAUGGGUCAGUGGGGAACAGGGUCAGAAAUAAACGGAAUGAUAGAUUUGCAAAUAAACCCGGGAAUUUUACAAAUAUUGACAAGAACUCACACUACACACCUGAUUCACACUAUUCCCGUGGUGAUUCACAGUUCUCCCGUGGAGAUACACACUAUUCCCGUGGUGGGUCGCAGUAUAACACACGUUUAGACUCGGAAUUUGAUACACAGAUGGAUAAAUCACACUUUUCACAUGUAGACACACAGUAUAACACAUAUGCAGACAUGGAAUGUAACACACAAAUUAAUAACUCACACUUUUCACAUUCGGACACACACUUCACACACUCAGAAUCGUCCCACAGUCCUGAAAUAAACUCUUCAAUACACAUGGAAUCACACCCUCAAAGGAACUCUAUACAGAUGGAAUCACAGAGACAGAUGAACUCUAUGCAGAUGGAUAGUUCCCAAUUGAGUAGUAGUCAGUUGAGUAGUACGCAGUAUUAUAGUCCAGGUCCAGAGUGUACAUCACCGUUGGAAGUGUCAAGUCUAAAGGAGACAAGGAAGCCAUUUUAUCAAACGAAGGAAUCGCCGGUGUUCUUGAAGAUUUUAGCUACGCAGUUGGUUUCAGGGACAAUAAUAGGAAGAGGAGGGAAGGGUUUAAACUGGUUCAGACGCAAGAGUAAGGUGGAUGACAUAGUACUCUCAAUGCCGUGGGAACUGUAUCCCAAGACGGAGUAUAGGACGUUACUCCUAAAAGGCUCAGUAAAGUCAGUAAUAAAGUCAACAUGUAUCAUAUCAGAGCUGAUGAAUUCAAGUUACUCGCUGCAUACGGAUAACACGAUGUUGGUCAUGGUGGUGAUUCCAGACCUGUUUUUAUCAGCAAUUGAUGAGAUUAAGAGGACUACGAACCCGGAUUCGCUCUCAAUUACGUUGUUUAGAGAUGAAAACUCACGACACGAGGAAAUCGUAGCAGUCAUCAAAGGUGAUAAACCAAGAGUCAAGGACCUCAUAGUCGCAAUUGCCACCUCAAUCACCGAGACCAUACCCUCCGAAAAAUACUGCUUUGUCACCUAUCAUAACUCGGAACACGCCAACACACAACCUGAACUAACACAAUCCAACUCAUACACACAAUCAAACUCCAACUCCUCACAUUCCAGCACACACAACUUCCACAAUCAUAACUCACCAAACAAUCAUUACAAUAAUAAUCAAAAUAAUAAUUCCAGUAAUAAUAAUCAACCAAAUAGUAAUAAUAAUUCCAGUAAUAAUAAUAAUGUGAAUGGAGUGUAUGGAAAUACGAGUGGAUGUGUGAGUAAUGGUACAGGUCAAUGCGGUAAGGGUCAGAAAUAUGACGAGAUUGACGCUUUGAUGGAUCAGAUUGAGAGUUCGCUGGAUAAGGGGAAUUUAGGAACAUUGAGUAACAUUUCAGCACUGCUAAGAUGUAAGCCGGAACUGCUUUCUACUCAGGUUGAGGUGCAAGUAAAUGUACCAAAUGGUGUCCCAGAAGACGUAUUCGCACUCUCUUCAAUCUACAAGUGUGAUCUCGUUCAGACGGAUCGAGACGGAGACAAAGUCCAGUGCAGAAUCUCAGGACAAUUCGCAGGAUGCUUCGCCACACUCCUAUUCAUCCUCACUAAAGCCAAUUAA